AAGGAGCCUAGAAUGAAUUUUCCCGCAGAAAAAGAAAUAUGUGCCAUUUGCGGAACGGAGCGACUGAUUUUUCACCGCAAUCUAAAGAAGGUGAAAACCAAGUUUUCCAGCACGACAGUGUUUCAGCUGCUGGAACGCUUUUCCGAGCGAGAGCUUUCCUAUCUGACCUGCGAAAUGCUCGAGUCCGGUGCUUGUAACGAGUGCUAUGCGAAGCUGAACGAUUACGAUGCAGCGUAUACGAAAGCAAUGAUCAUACAGCAAGAGUUAACGGAUCUGCUGCAAAACGGCACAUUGCCAAUAUUCAGAGAAGCACACGAGAGUGAACAGGAGCAGAAAGCGCUCGAAAAAACGGAAAAGGACACGAUUAACUGGGUUCCACAGCUGCAGGAACAUUCGCGUGAGGUGAAGCUGUUUACAAACCAGAACCCAACGUUUUCCAUUGCCGGUAUGCCGUCUAUGCGUGUUUCUAUGCAAUGUAAUGUGUGUGGAGAGGUAUUCAACAACAUAAAGAACAUGAAGUUACAUUCCCAUGAUGAUGAUGAUGAUGAUGAUGAUGAUGAUGAUGAUGUACGCCAACGGGAACAGAUGCCUGUGAAAGAAUCAUCCGUUCCGCUGUCACCGUUGCUUGCUAUUGAGAACGUGAAAACGGAAGCUGCAUCGUUGGAAAAUUCGGACGAAGAGGUGGACGUAUAUUUAGAGUAUCCUGGCGAAGAAAUGUACCCAUUAGAAGAAGCAGAAUCUGAGGAAUACUACUUGUCGGACGAUAAAGAAGAGGCGGAAAUAACCGAAGCAACACACCAAAGUCGCAAAAAAACUGACCCAAUUGAAUGUUUAUACUGCGAAGCAAAGUUUGAAGAUAGAUUAAGUCUGAGGGCACACUUCAAAACGCACCAUCCGCAAAACGAUGAAGGAAACGUCUGCAAAGUGUGUGGAUUUGCAACGAAAACGCGUGCAGCACUUGCCAGUCACUACGGAAAGCACCUUCGCGAAUCGGAGCUAACCUGCCAGGUGUGCAGCAAAAAGUUCACCCAGCGUGCAUCUCUACAACGUCACAUGGCUAUCCACACGGGCGAGAAACCGUACCAGUGUGAUGUGUGCGGAAAGCGAUAUAUUCACUAUUCUUCCUUCUAUAUGCACGGGCUGGCGCACAAAAACGUACGAUCAAAGAAUUGCACCAUCUGUGGGUAUACGCUGCGGUCGAAUUCACAUCUGAUAAGGCACAUGCGAACGCAUUCUGGUGAAAAGCCCUACGCUUGUCCUGUUUGUGGACAAAAGUUUUCGCAAAGGUACAACAUGGUUCAGCAUCAAAAAACCCACUCAGGAGUAUUGAGAGGCUCCGGCAAAACUUUCAAAUGCCUGUACUGCGAUUACACUAGCGCGCGGAAUUCGCUACUGAAAAGGCAUCUGUUAAAACAGCACGGCAAAGAUGUGAAUGCUUUGAAUGAAAAUGAUUCCACUGACCAAAUGCUACCAGAGGAUGAAAAAACGAAAUCAGAAGAGUUUACUCAGUCCACUAUUAUUCCUGUGGUUUGUCCAUGA